ACCAUAAAUGAAAUGAGUGCAAUGAAGAGCAAUUAUAAUACCACUUACACGAAACGAAAUAGUGCAAAGGAGCAGCGGUUUGUGACUCGACGGCGAGCGGCGACGACCACCGAGGGCAACCGUUUGUGAAUCGACGGCGAGAGGUUCUGAAGAAGGAAGGGGCAGUAGAAGAACAAGGGUGAAAUCCUGAUUCCCUAAUUGGUGAGUUUUCUUCACCCUCGCUCACCAAAGCCCUGUCGUUUUGGAUUUUAAAAAUUUGUCUCUUGAACUCCCCAACUCGGUUGCAAAAUGGCGGGUCUGGUUGAGUUCAAUGAUUCUACUCCGAUUUUACCGAGUUUACCAAUAGAACUUGCUUUCGAGUCGAAAGCUAUAGUUAACUAGUUAUGUCUGUAGCGAUAGGCAUUAUGGACAAUGCAGCAUUUCGCAGUUUUCUUCAGGUUCUCCCCCCUGUUGAGUUUGCCUGCGUCUAUGGAUCAUCUCUUCAUCCAUCCAACAGCGAUAAGACUACCAUGACAGAUUAUAUUAUUGGUGUGGCUGAUCCCAAACAGUGGCAUUCUGAGGUACUGAUAUGUGAUUUUGACUAAUGAUGUGUUAUGUAUUUAUGUUAUGAGUUGCUUAAUAUUGUUUGAUUGCUUCACUGAUAUCUUUUGUUUUUCCUUUUAUUGUUCAUGCAAUGACAUAAAUUAAGAAUCUUAAAUUGAACAAGCAUCACUAUGCGUCCUGGAUGGUGCACCUUGGUGGGGAGAGACUGGUACUUGCACAAAUUAGUUUCAUUUUCAUUGUUUGUGGCCUCUCGUAUCUGGCUUGGGUUUUAUUGGAUGGCGAUCUUAUCUCAUACUUUAUCUUGAUGUGACAUAUAAGAUUACGGGAGUUGCUGAUGAAAUUGGUGUGGGAGUACAUUUCAACCCUUUUGUUAGUUGGAAUGGAAAGAUGGCAUUUUUCACGAAUUCCAUGUCUCUACAAGCAAAUUUAUGCAGCUGUUCAAGUAUGGUGUUGUUCGAAUGCAUGACUUACUUCAAGAUGUACACUAUUGGGAGAAAUUCUACUUGUGCGGUCGUUUACAGAAACCGGUUCAUAUUGUUGUUGAUAAUUUAGAUGUUAACAGCACCAAUUCUGUUAACUUGAGAGCUGCAGUGUCAGCUGCUCUUCUCCUGCUUCCAUCGGAAUUCUCAGAGGCAGAUCUGUAUGCCAAAGUAUGUAGUCUCUCGUACAUGGGGGAUGUACGCAUGUUAUUUGCGGAGGAUAAAAACAAGGUGAAGAAGAUCGUUUCUGGGCAGUUUGAUCUAUUCCAGUCAAUGUAUAAGCCACUUCUUGAAGAAUAUGAGGCUAAAAAGUUAUUGAGACUUUCAUCAAUUGCCAAUAAUCAAAUACAUAUCUCUCAGGAUUGUGACUUAUCAGUUGAUUAUUCUCUAGUUUCUGCACUUCCUCCAUCAAUCAGAAACCAAAUCAGAAUGAAGGAAGGAGUGAAAGAAAAAUUAUGGGAAACUGGAAAAGCCAUAAGUGAUACACGAAGCAGAGUAAGAGAGGAAGCUGCUAAUUGCUUACAGAGAAUUCUGAGGCGCAGAGUAAUGGUUUCAAGUGCAAGGCAGGCUGUAUCAGGUCUUCUGGCUGUAGGUGCAGUAAAUGCAAGCAGGUACCUUGCUAAAAAGGUUACCAAAGCCUGGAAAUCAUGGAGGUGAUUUUUGAUGUAUUCACAGUCAUAGAGAUGAGAUUUUCUUGCUGACCUUGGAAAGUUUACAUAUAUAUAUUAGUUCUCAUUUCCUCCUUU